CUUGACUACUCGGAUACCUUCCGUAACCAUCCAUGCCCAACCAACAACACAACAGAGAAAAAUUAUACGUUAUGCUUCGUCAUGUGCAGUAUAUUCAUGUGCGCUGGCAUGUUGUUAGCUACCCAAUUCAAAUUCGGUGAAGAAAUAGCUAAACCAAAUGAAGUUGCUGGCUUAAUGAUGGACACUCGCGAAGCGGAAGUUUCGCACGUGGUUGCCGAAAAAGCCAGGGCUCGGCAAGUACAGGUUGGUAUCACAAUAUGA